GGAGGUGAGGCGCUGCGGCAGCAGCCUGUGAAGAGUGAGGAGAGAGAGGCGGGCGGGGGAGGGGUGAGUGUCACCGAAUACCGACAGAGACACCGGAACUCUCCGCCAUGCCGAAUAAGAACAAGAAGGAGAAGACGUUCCCCCGGCUGAGCAGGAAAAGUUGUUUGUCCAGAAGCUGCGCCAGUGUUGCGUCCUUUUCGACUUUGUCUCGGACCCCCUGAGUGAUCUAAAAUGGAAGGAGGUAAAGAGGGCGGCCCUGAGCGAGAUGGUGGAAUACAUCACACACAACCGCAACGUCAUCACGGAGCCCAUCUACCCGGAGGUGGUUCAUGUGUUUGCAGUGAACAUGUUCCGGACAUUACCCCCCUCCUCCAACCCCACCGGAGCCGAGUUUGAUCCGGAGGAAGAUGAGCCGACGUUAGAAGCCGCGUGGCCACACCUACAGCUGGUCUACGAGUUUUUCCUGCGAUUUUUGGAGUCUCCGGAUUUCCAGCCGAACGUAGCGAAGAAAUACAUCGAUCAGAAGUUUGUUCUUCAGUUGUUGGAACUCUUCGACAGCGAAGACCCCAGAGAGCGAGAUUUCCUGAAGACGACUCUGCACCGAAUCUACGGCAAAUUUUUAGGCCUUCGCGCUUACAUAAGGAAGCAAAUCAAUAAUAUAUUUUAUAGGUUUAUUUAUGAAACGGAACAUCACAACGGCAUAGCGGAGCUUCUGGAAAUCCUGGGAAGUAUAAUUAACGGGUUUGCCUUACCAUUAAAAGAAGAGCACAAGAUCUUCCUGCUGAAGGUGUUAUUACCGUUACACAAAGUCAAGUCCCUCAGUGUCUACCAUCCACAGCUGGCGUAUUGUGUAGUUCAGUUUUUAGAGAAGGACAGCACCCUGACCGAGCCGGUGGUCAUGGCUCUGUUGAAGUAUUGGCCGAAGACUCACAGUCCUAAGGAAGUCAUGUUUUUAAAUGAACUGGAGGAAAUUUUAGACGUCAUUGAACCUUCGGAAUUUGUAAAAGUCAUGGAGCCGCUCUUCCGGCAGCUCGCCAAGUGCGUGUCCAGCCCACAUUUCCAGGUGGCGGAGCGAGCGUUAUAUUAUUGGAAUAACGAAUACAUCAUGAGCCUCAUCAGUGAUAACGCAGCAAAGAUCCUCCCCAUCAUGUUCCCCUCGUUGUACCGCAACUCCAAGACACAUUGGAACAAGACUAUCCAUGGAUUGAUCUACAACGCUUUGAAGCUCUUUAUGGAAAUGAACCAAAAACUUUUCGAUGAUUGCACCCAACAGUUUAAGGCGGAGAAACAAAAGGAGAAGCUAAAGCUGAAGGAAAGAGAAGAAGCUUGGGUCAAAAUAGAAAACCUCGCCAAAUCCAACCCCCAGUACCCCGUGUACCCCGACACAUCCCCUCUGAACAGUCCUGUUGCGAUGGAGACAGACGGGCCCUUACUUGAAGAUGUACAGAUGCUUAAAAAGACCGUGCGGGAAGAGGCAUCUCAGGCUCUAAAAGAUCUAAAGAAGGACCGCCCCCUCGUACGGCGCAAGUCAGAACUGCCUCAGGACAUCUACACCAUGAAAGCCUUGGAAUCUCAUUGCCGAGCCGACGAAUUAAUAACCCACGACGGCCAUUAGACUUUGACAAUUCGAUCGAUCACUUUGUGGAUUUUUUUUUUCUCCAGUUGCAGAGUAGAAAAAAAAAGAGGAAAAAUAACUUUUUUUUUUUUUGUGCCAUACCGAUCUCUUUAAACGCAGUCCGAGCUUUUUUCUCACCCGUGUUCUGUAGGCAAUAAGUUCCCCGGCGUUCAGCCUAAGAUCUGACGUUCAAACAAUGGUAACAAGUCUGAUGGUGCGACGGGGGGCGACGUCUUCGCCAAAUAUUCACGCAGAGCCAUGCAAAGGACACUGGUGCUUCGUUUUACUAACGCGUUUCUUUUCUUUGCUCUUUUAUAUUGUUGAUUAGGGGGAACAAUUAGAGGCUGUAACUGCAUGUGCCGCGUUAACCUUUCCCCUCCGACAAUCCCGUCUCCAUUUUAGUUUUAUUAUUAUUAUUAUUCCUCAGGUUUUUUGGGGGGUUUUUUGGGGGCGGGGAAAAGUUCUUGUUCUUUAUCUCUUCUUUGUGUAUCGAAAAGCCAUAUUCUUGUUGGUCUUCAUCACAUCAUCCUUUAAGUAUUACAGAACCAUUUCUAAAAGUGCACUAAAGGACGAUUCUACCGCCAUCUGGUGGCGUGGGCGGCACUUCUGCCGCCAUCUGGUGACGUGAGCGGCACUUCUACCGCCAUCUGGUGACGUGAGCGGGGCUUCUGCCGCCAUCUGGUGGCGUGGGCGGCGCUUCUGCCGCCAUCUGGUGACGUGAGCGGCGCUUCUGCCGCCAUAUGGUGACGUGAGUGCCGCUCUCCUACCAAUAUCUGGUGACGUGAGCGCCGCUCUCCUACAGCCAUCUGGUGACGUGAGCGCCGCUCUCCUACAGCCAUCUGGUGACGUGAGCGCCGCUCUCCUACAGCCAUCUGGUGACGUUGAGCGCCGCUCUCCUACCAAUAUCUGGUGACGUGAGCGCCGCUCUCCUACCCAUGUCUGGUGACGUGAACGCGCUCUCCUACAACCAUCUGGUGACGUCAGCGCCGCUCUCCUCGUCAUAUCUGGUGACGUGAGCGCCGCUCUCCUACAACCAUCUGGUGACGUCAGCGCCGCUCUCCUCGUCAUAUCUGGUGACGUGAGCGCCGCUCUCCUACCCAUCUGGUGACGUGAGCGCCGUGUAUUAAGAGCAAAAGAAAAUCAAAGUAAUAUAACAAAAAAAAAGUUCUGAUAAGAUUUUGUUUGCCUGCUGUUGCUGGGCGCGGCGGCGUUCCUCGCCUUUUUACUUGACGCUUUUGUUGAAAACGCGUUGUCGGGGGAGGGGGCUUUAGAUUUUUAUUUGCUGGUAGUAACCGUAAGAAGUAUCUAUACUGUAUAAGCUGUCGGCUCGUUACAAAUGUGUAUAUUUUUGGAGGAAGGCCGAUGAUUUGUGAGGUUUUUUAUAUAUAUAAAGGAGUUUGCAGAAAACGAGACGUUGAUGGCGGCCGUGCGACACGGAGUGUCUCCCUACGUUCUAAAGUUCUAUUUUAGAAGCGCACUCUCCGGAGAGACCUCAGCCGUGAUCCUGUAAAUACGCCUGUUGCUGUUUGAUGCUAGAGGCUGCUGUGAUUUCCCCUCGGGGGCGGGUACAGGGCAUGUGUAGUCCGGGUUCAAGCAGAGGGAUUUCUUUUUUUAUUGUGUUUUUUUUUUUUUUGUGCAUUUUUCUUUUUUUUCUUUUUUAUUUUUUUUGUAAUCUCAGGGCGGCCAGUAUUGAAGUUUUUGCAAUUUUUUUUUUUUUGUUCUGCACAACAGAGAAAUGUUCAACCAGCUCAGAUUAGUAUUAGAAGCUUUAAUUAUCACAAAAAUAAUCGCUCUUUUGUGGUAUUGCGUUACAGUUCCUGGAAAAAGGCCUUUUUUUUUUUUUUUUUGGGCUUUUAUGCUUCAGGAGGAACGCUUUCAGCAGAGAAAGUGCAACUGAGUUCUCAACUUUGUUCCCCCUGAAAAAAAUAAUAAAAAAAAAAGCUCUUUUCAAAUUGGAAGAACAACGCUUCAAACGAAGAGCCGAGUUAAAGGGGCGGGGCGGCGCGCUUGUAUGUUGCGUAUUUGCUGUACCAUUGUUUGAACCUCCAUCUUUUGCUGUUAAUUUAUUAUUAUUUUUUUUUCUUUGUGUACAUGGGCAAAAAAAAAAACAUCGCUUAGAAAACAAGAACGCUUCAACCCUUUCUCAUUUUACCCGACUCACACGCCUGUAUAUCGAUGUUUGGUUGACUGUGCAAACUCAUCUAUUUUUGUUUUAAAAAAAAAAUAUUAAAAAAAAAAAAUUGUG